CUUACCAGUGUCAGUUUCAUUCACACUUUAAACUUACAAUCUAUAAUGUGUAUUCUGAUAUCUACUACUGUUACUUCACUUUGUUCUUUCUGGUUCUUUCUUCCUUUGAACAGCUUUGUAUAUAAUGUCAGCUGUCACUAACACAUUUGAGAAUGUGAAAGCGGUUAUCUUAUCAGCUCAUAAGAGCUCCACAUCAAGAGAAAAGGUCAACUUCUACAACUCCUGGGCAGAGAACUAUGAUCAGGAUGUGGCUGUUCUGGACUACCGUGCACCAAGUCUGGCAGCAAACAGCAUCUCCUCCCAUUUCAACGGUGAUCGUGAAGCAGCCGUUGUGCUGGAUGUGGCCUGUGGGACAGGACUGGUGGCCAAACAGUUGAGGAAACACGGAUUUAAACAUUUUAUGGGUAUUGAUGGAAGUGAGGCUAUGUUGGACUUGGCCAGAGAGAGCGGGUUGUACCAGGACCUGAAGCAGUCCCUGCUGGGAGAGGAGCCGCUACCUGUCCAAUGGGGUUUCUUUGAUGUGGUUGUUAUUGUUGGAGCGCUGAGUGUUGGUCAGGUCCCGGUUGAUGCAGUCAGAAACUUGUGCAACUCCACCAAACCAGGUGGCUACGUUUGCAUGACAACCAGAAGUAACUGUGACAAUGUGGACUACAAAGUUUCCCUGGAGCGUGAGCUGAAGCAGAUGGAGGAAGAGGGAUUGUGGACUUGUGUAGACGUCACUGAGGUGGAAGACUGGGAGAGAGCGGUGUCAGAGCAGGAGGACGGCUACACAUCUGGUGCUGUGUACCUCUAUAAGAAACUAUAAGUGUAGCAUGACCAUGUAGAUGUGACUUUGUAUCUCAGCAAAUGAACAAAACAGCAUUAUUAAAGAAGAUACAAAAUAUUCAAAUAACUCAUAUUAGACUUCAAAAAGAAAGUGUCUAGAUUUUUUGAUACUUUCAGCCUCUUAAAGACCCAGAGUUGAAGAUGCGAAACUGCAUGAGUAGAUUUGAGGCUUGAAAUGUUAAUGACUAGAUGGUUCAGUUUCAUGAUUAACAGUAUCCACAUUACGUUGUACUUCAUAUGUCUACAGAUGUGCAGUAUCUUGUGGAUUAUGCAGUAAAGUCUUAAUAGAAAAUGAUUGCAAACAUGAGAAUGAUGUAAGAAAAUGAGUGUGAAAAUGAUUUCUGUUUAUUCUGUGUGUUUAGUGCAUUAAUAUCUGCAUUAAUAUAACAAACAGGAUUGUUAAUGAAUAUUCAUAAUAAUUAUGCCCUUGGAGAAUAAAGGUUUUUUAUUUAAAGCUA